AAUAAAACGCAAAUUAUAAUACAAGUUAAUUGAACACACGAAUUAAACACAAACGAUUAUGUCUCAGUAUAAGUUUGAGGGCGAAUUCUCUAAUAUAAGUGAACGCCAACUGGAUUUCAUUCACGAAGUGAUUUUAAAGCAAAAUUUGCAAGUUGAUAAAGUGAUAUUUAGUCCAUUGGGAAAACCUGGUGAUAAUUUUAUGUCUGAUGUGAAGAGAAUCAGUAUAGAAGGUGAUCAUGGAAGCUUGAAGAUGAUUGUGAAAGUGGCAUCAGAUUUGGAGGCUGUUCGUGUCGCUACAGGUACUGAAUUGCUAUUUACUAAUGAGCAUGUUAUGUAUACGGAGGUCCUACCUAAACUAGUCGCACUGCAGAAAGAAGCAGGCGUACCAGAAGAUGAACAACUAAGAUACGCAAAAUGUUACGGAUCUCUGAAUGAAGCACCAAACGAAGUGCUAAUUUUAGAAGACUUGAAUGAAUCGAAAUUUAGAAUGUUAAAUAAGUUUGAACCUUUACCAGAAGAGUGUAUAAGGAUCAUUUUGAAAAACUUUGGAAUUUUUCAUUCUCUUUCUUACGUGUUGAAGAACAAAGAGCCAGCGACAUAUGAUCUCUUCAGUAGUAAAUUAAAAGAUACUUGGGACGUUCGAGUUAACGAUCCAAAUGUUGGUCUACAAUUUGAAAUGCUUACAAAAAUGGUUUUACCAUUACUUGAUAAUGACAUUCAGAAGAGUAUAGUGAAGGAUAAAUUAUCGAACGUAGUUCAAGAAGUUCUCAAAAGAUCUGAAGAUAAAAAUAGUGGAACCUCCGUUAUUCAUCAAGGCGAUGCGUGGACCAAUAAUUUUAUGUUCAGGUUUGAGGAAGGUGACUUGCGUGAAUCAGUGAUGGUUGACUAUCAAGCUUCAUCCAGCCACAACCCAAUGACCGAUAUUCUCUUCAUGAUCUACAUCUGCACUGACCAUGAGGUCAGGUCUAAGAACUUGCACGACUGGUUAGACUAUUAUCACUCGGAAUUAGACAAAUCUUUGUCCCAUUUUGGCCUCAACGCCAACGAUAUAUAUUCCAGAGACCAAAUAGAUGCUGAUUUAAAAAGAUACGGUAAAUUAUUAUUUGCUACAACAGUUCUGUUUAAUAAUAUUUUAAUGAGAGAUGCAAGCGAAGUAGCUGCAAUGAUGGAAGCCCUCAAGGUUGGUGGUUUUGACGGAGUAAUGGAAAAUAUGGAUAAGCAUGAAAUGCCAAAGGAAACCUUUGAUCGAGCUAAAAAAAGACUUUUAGAUCUAAUCGAAACUUAUACCCAAUAUGAUUUGUUAUAAAUUGGACGUGUAUGGAAUUGGUUAUUUAAUAAUAUGUCUUAUUAUAUAGUUAA